GUCUCCGUAGUAUGUGGUUGUACGACAGCUAAAUUCGUCCAGGCGUAAGGGGAUUCUGAUGGGAAUUUAUAUCGAACACAAGAUAGUGUCUGCAUAUAAAAACGACCAGGACCCUGCCUUAUCCCAGCUACUCAUACUUCCUCUCUCACAGCUACUUCCUUCGCGCGUCUAACCAAGAAUGAAGAUUCUUGCAAUUCUGUACAAAGGUGGUGAUGCUGCCAAGGCCGAGUCUCGUCUGCUUGGCACUGUUGAGAAUCAGCUUGGACUUCGCGAGUACCUUGAAUCGCUAGGCCACGAAUAUGUUGUUUCCGACUCCAAGGAAGGCCCUGAUAGCGACUUCCAAAAACACAUUGUCGACGCCGAGAUCCUGAUCACUACACCCUUCCACCCGGGAUACCUCACCGCCGAUUUAUUCGAGAAGGCCCAGAACCUGAAGCUAUGUGUUACCGCUGGAGUCGGGUCCGACCAUAUCGACCUCAAUGCUGCAGUGAAGAAUAAAGUCCAAGUUUUGGAAGUCUCAGGAUCGAAUGUUGUGUCAGUUGCGGAGCACGUUCUCAUGUCCAUCCUGCUCCUCGUGAGGAAUUUUGUUCCCGCUCACGAGAUGAUCGAACGUGGUGACUGGGAGGUUUCUCAAAUUGCACGCAAUGCAUUCGAUUUGGAGGGAAAAGUCGUCGGUACCAUCGGUGCUGGCCGCAUUGGCUAUCGCGUUCUUCAGCGGCUGGUACCGUUUGACUGCAAGGAACUCCUUUAUUAUGAUUAUGCUCCUCUUCCAGAAGCCGCUGCCAAGGCAGUCAAAGCCCGCCGAGUCGAAGAUCUCAAUGAGUUCGUCUCUCAAUGUGAUGUUAUCACAGUGAAUUGCCCACUUCACGAGGGCACACGUGGUUUGGUCAACGAAGAGCUCCUGAAGCAUUUCAAGAAGGGGGCAUACCUCGUCAACACCGCCCGUGGAGCCAUUUGCGACAAGGAUGCCGUGGCCGGUGCUCUUCAGUCUGGGCAUUUGAGUGGAUAUGCUGGUGACGUCUGGAACGUUCAACCGGCUCCCAAGGACCACAUUUGGCGAACGGCGAAGAACCCGCUAGGUGGCGGCAACGGCAUGGUGCCACACUACUCGGGUACUACACUCGAUGCACAAAAACGCUAUGCCGAAGGCGUAAAGAGUAUCCUUGAAAACUACCUUACCGAUAAGCCUCAAGAGCCCCAGAAUGUCAUUGUCGGCAUUGGCAAAUACGAAACCAAGGCUUAUGGACAGCGUUGAAAUGUAUAGUGUUUUACGCGUUUCCAUACAUACCAUAUCAGAUGCCUCCGGAUCAACUUGAAUGUACGAUAAUAGCAAUGCAAAACCCCUUUCUUGACCAAUAUGUCGUAAAUGACCGAACCUAUAAGAACCCCCGCCCAAGAUUUAGCCCGAAGC